AUGGUGGUGGUAGCAGUAACGACGACGAAGAAGCCACCACUAAACCGGCUGUUGCAGUUGUCCUCCGUAAACCACUACCAAUUGUUGUUUUUGUUUUUGGAUUGUCGGUUUCUAGGCAACGGGAAGGCUAAAAUCGCACGCCAAGGAAGCGCUUCAACUCUCUUAAUACCCGCCGUGUUGGCCAUCUGCGACGGAGAUAGUGAGGUCGGCGACGGUACUCCUGCUCUGCCGCCUACGCUGCCUCUGAUGUUCUUCCCUUUGCGCGCUACGAAUAACAACUUCAUCGUCUGGGACCCUCCUAAGUUCGGGGUUUCAAAAAGUCGACCAUGA